AUGGGUGCAACCUGAUCAAUAGCCCAAGCAAGUUACAGGAGCAACGCCCGGAGGUCAACGUUCAACAGGGGCGACAUAUAAGACGGUCGUCAAUUGCGGAAGCCAGCGUACCGCUGUUUCCACACUCAUAUCAUCACACUGAGUCUUGUCUUUCCUAAAUAUGGCCCUCACACAAUUUCUGUACGACCCAUUCACUGAAUUUGAUCGUCUUUUUGACGACGCGUUUACUUCACGUUUCCGGCCCGACUCCGACGAGGCUCGUCCUACAACAAUCCGCCCUAAGAUGAAUCUCGUUGAGACAAAAGACAACCAGGUCGUGGCGAGGUUCGAACUCCCCGGCGUAGAACGGGGGAAGGUUGACAUUGAAGUGCAUAAUAACCGCCUGACCAUCUCGGGCGAGAAGAAAACCGAGACUCAAACUGACGAGGCCCGGGGUCGUUUUGUGGUGCGCGAGCGCUCUUUCGGACGCUUUGCUCGGACUCUGCAGCUCCCUGAGGGAACUAAGCCUGAACAAGUCCAGGCGCAUAUGGAGCACGGAAUCCUUCAGGUCACCUUCCCGAAGGCGCCUCCGGAACAGGAGACUAAAGUUAUCCCUAUCGAAGGACCGCACAAGGAGAAAGGUAGCAAGAAAUAAAUUAAGAUUGGAGCAAUCGAGUCUGGAGAUCCAGUCAUGUACUUUUAGCUUUCUCUACUGGAAUGUUUAUGCGUCGCUUUCCAACUCUGCAUCAGUAGUAGCUCUAGGGAUCGGAAAUGUGUGUGGCCGUAGCCUGAGCAAU